AUGAGUUCGAUGAGUUCGACAGGCCCCAUGGCCAAUUCCGUGUUUGUGGUGGCACCCCACAGUGGUUAUCCUGUGAGCCCGGGAGUCAUGUCUCAGGUGCCCCUAUAUCCAAACAACCAGCCCCAAGGCCACCUAAUUCCUGGAAACCCACCUGGUUUGGUGUUGAAUGUGAAUGAGCAGCCUGCCCAGAAAGCCUUGAAAGAAGGCAAAGCCUUAGGGGUCGUCCAGAUCCUGAUCGGCCUGGUACACAUCGGCCUUGGCUCCAUCCUGGUGACAGUCCUCUCCGGGUACUAUGUACCUAUCUCAUUCUAUGGAGGCUUUCCCUUCUGGGGAGGCAUCUGGUUUAUCAUUUCAGGAUCCCUCUCGGCGGCAGCAGAAAAUCAGCCAAAGUCUUCUUGCCUGCUGAAUGGCAGCGUGGGCUUGAACAUCAUCAGUGCAAUCUGUUCUGCAGUUGGAAUCAUACUCCUCGUCACAGACAUAAGUAUCAUCAGUGCAUACACCUACCCUGACUAUUUUUCUCAUGACACCUGGGGUAUGAUCCCGCAGCUGGCUGUUUGUGGUGUGCUGCUGGUCUUCUGCCUCCUGGAGUUCUUCACUGCAUGUGUCUCUUCCCACUUUGGCUGCCAACUGGUCCGCAGUCAAUUCAACAACGUCACCCUGAUCUACCCAAAUCUCUACACAACAAACCCAGUGGUCAUCCCAGAACCAGCGAACUUGCCGCCCUAUUAUCCCCAUGAUCUCCAAGGCUCCAGAUAA